CGCACGCAGAGGAAGAAGUAGAAUAACGGUUGAAAAAAGAGUCGCGAGUUUCAGUGGCUCCAUGGUCGGCGGGUAUUUGAAGCUCGAGGCCGCUUUUAGUUUGACUGCUUUGUGUACUCGUUGUUGACAUUAGCAUCCCAUGAGCGUGUCUCAUGUGAUGAAGCUUAUUAUUGUCCCUCUGGGCUGUGUUCGCGUCUUGGUUAUAACUUUAGCGAAGACCCUUUCAGCCCGUGAGUUAAAAAGGUGACUGCCACAGGAAUGACCACUUCACAGAAAUACCAGAACCCCAAAAUCACAGCAGGACACUCUGACACAGAGUGGCUGACACCUGCCGUGUCCGAGAAGUUUCAGAGCCGUUUUGGAUGGCGGCCCAGCACAACGGACAGUGGGGACGCGGGACUGGGUACCUCUGACCACACUGAAGAUAUCUGCAGCACUAGCAGCAGUCCAUCCUUCCAGCCCAUCCGCAGUCAGAUCCCCAUCCCCACCGCCCAUGUCAUGCCUUCCACGGCCGGAACUCUGGCUUCUAAGAUCAAGCCACAUGUUUCUGAAGAAACCCGGGCGUCCUCCAGCUCUUCCAGCUCUAAGUCAUCCCUCCCCAAAUCGGCAUCCUCCCCCAACCUGGAAGCUCAGCACGAUGGAAAUUUAGAGUUGAAUGCGGUCAAGCCUGAUUGCCUAAGCCGCUAUCUCAGCCUAGUAAACGGACUCGACCACUCGCUCUUCCCCUCUGGAGAUCAGACGCGACUAGAUGAAGCCCAGAAGUUUGAUAUGCCUGCCAUGGAGCCAACUCUUAAUCAGUCAGCUCUGCUUGGGGGCCUUUGCCCUGAUGUACGGCAGCAGCUGCAAUUGACUGGGCUUGGGGACAAUACAGGCUUGCUGGAACAGACAUUUAAAGUCCUACCAGAGGCUAGGGCAGGUCUCGCUUGUCCUGUAGACCCAUACAGCCAAAGGAACAUUCAUCCAGGAUCAGGUGCCUCUGGCAGGAUGUUCUCCAUACCUCAGGGCCUGCAGACUCAUGCUUUCCUGAGGGACCAGUCCAACACAGGAGCUUAUGAUCCAAUCCUGCAGGAACGCUGUUGUGAGCUGGCCAGCUGGCAGCAGCAGAAGCAGAAACUGGAGAGUCUGCGGCUACAGGUGGAACAAAUGCAGUUAAUGACUGGAGGAAGUGGACAGUAUACAUCUCUGUAUCCAGGAACUCCUCACACGGAGAGCAGCAAGUGGGAUGCUAUCAUUAAAGCCAACGAGAACUUGCUGAAAGAGAAAGAACUUACCAUUGAAAGGCAGAAGCAGCAAAUGUCUCAGCUGGAACAGCGUCUCAGAGAGAGUGAGCUGCAGGUGCACAGUGCCCUCAUGGGACGUGGAGCCCCUUACACCGAUGUGUGUCUGUUGAGACUACAGGAAGCCCAGCGGGAAAAUGCCUUUUUGCGAGCCCAGUUUGCAGAGCGCAACGACUGCUUUACUAAGGAGAAGCUAGAAGCAGACCGGAGACUGGGUGCAGUGGAAGCAGAAACGCAACGUCUGAACGAGGCCUCGAAAGAGAGCAGUGAAAAACAUGCUGAGGAGUUAAAGAAACAAGAGGAGAGGAUCCGCAGUCGGGACAAGCACAUCAACAGCUUGAAAAAGAAGUGCCAGAAGGAGUCGGAGCAGAACAGAGAAAAACAGCAGAGGAUUGAGACGCUCGAGCGAUAUCUGGCUGACCUCCCGACCAUGGAAGACUACCAGGCCCAGCACAAAAAGCUAGAGGAGGUAGAAGAGAGGGCAGCUCAGUUGCAGGCCACUGUCAGAGAUCUAGAAGUCCAACUGGAGGGGGCCCGCAGUGCUGUGCGCAACAAAGAGACCCAACUGGAAGAGCAGAGAUGCAAGGAGAUAGAACUACUUGCGACAGUUACCAGUCUCCAGAACAGAGUACAGGAGAGCCUUGAGGAUGGAGUGAGGUUGCCCUCUCUUGACAUAGAGAAGCUACGAGAAGAAAACGCUACCUUUAAAGAAGAGCAGCAGCGACUCAAAAAGGUCAUUGAAAAACAACUCCGGAUAAUGGAGCAGCUGGGAUCAAAGAUCAGGACUCUGGAGGAGCAGCUCUCUCAGGAGGACUGCAGUAGUCAGGCCCUGCGAGAGGAGGUGUCAGAGAAAGAGGAGAGUCUGCUGCAGUUACGCACUGCUAUGAAGGAGCUUUCAGUGCAGAACCAGGAGCUGAUGGAACAUAAUCUGACACUGCAAGAGCGUCUUCAGGGUGAAGAGCCGCAGAGUGGCCGUGGUUUGCUCCCCGUGGGAGCCCGGCUCACCCAGAGGCUUUAUGGAGAGAUGGCCGCCUGUCUGUGUGACCUCCGCUCCCUCUGCAACGUCCUCACCCAGCGGGCUCAGGGCCACGACCCAAACCUCUCCAUGCUGCUCGGCAUUGCAUCAGCUCCCCCUCCUGUAGGAGAGCAGUGGGAGGACUGGUUGAGCCCCGAGGGGUUGCAGAAGAAGCUGCUUGAAGCUCAGCAACUCCGUCGAGACGUCGAGGAACUGAGAACCACAGUCUCUGACCACUAUGCUCAGGAUAUGGGAGAAAACUGCAUCACUCAGUGAGCUCGGACAGUACGGCUUGUGCUCAAUGAGGGUAACUCCACAUCACGAGUGCCUUUAAAGACACUACAAUCUCUACCUAAACAAAUCUUCUUCACGAAGGACUAACAACACUAAGGACGUUGUAAUCUCGCAAAACAGAGCGCUAUUUUUAUACAAAGGUUUCAUAAGAUAUUUUUCUAAGAUUCCGAUGACUUUGUGUGCCAUGGAAAGAGAAUGAUUUAAUAUAAACCUUUCCUUGUAUUUGGGAAUGCCUGUGAUGGAGUUGACAAACAACUGAAAAUAUCUAAUCUCUAACCUGUAGUUUCGAGUGACGCUCGGUCGUGUGUAACGACAGGUCCUUAACUAGAAUCCGUUAUUAUCUCACGGUAAACAUGCCACAUCAAACACUAAUCUAAGGCUAUGGAAAUAUUUGGCCACCUCUGGCUGUUUGAGAUGAUGUGUAAAACAUUUGAUGGUGUUAAGGUGGUGGAAAAACAUUCCCUAAUAUUAUAUAACAACCAACAUUCAAUAUGAUCAAAGGCAAACCUGCCAGAACCGUUUCAGUGUCUAGAUGUACAGAGCAUUAUGCAGACCAAUAAAUUGGGACAUUUUAAAGCAAGACAGGUUUGCUUAUUAUUAAAUUCUGGUUCUCUGUUAAAUAAAAAAGUUAUAAAAUUCUCUUCCUUAAGAUGCAUAUAAAAAUUCCGCAAACAAUGUUUAAUCAAAACUCUGUUUAAGUUGAUCUCUUAAAUAAUCAUUAUUUUCAAAGUUGUCCUGAAAACCUCAUUGCAUUAUUAGGUUAAUUAACACAGACAAAUAUAUUUUAGAAUAUAUAUUUUCUUGGUCAUAUAGUUUAAAUGGGUAACAUUUGCCUAUGGAUGUGUGUUGAGGGGCAGGACCAUCUUGCCAGUAAAAUAAUAGGAUGUAUGAUCUAUUUUGCUCUAAUCUAUAUUUACUGUCUGGUUUAGAAUUUGUUUAGUCAGCUAUAAUAACAAUAGCCACGCCAUUGAAUCAAUACAUCAGAGAAAUGAACUGGUGAAGUAAAUAUUGUAUUAAUGAAUGUCAAACAUGGUAACAGGUGCCUUGCGUUCAGUGUCGUAAUCUGUAUUUACUGAAGUUUUACAGCACAAUAUACCAAUGCAGACAACUAUUUCUCUACUGUAAUGUGUGACUGGCAAGGAAUUAGGAUUAUUUUACAAAAAGGGACCAUAAAUUGAGGGCAGUAUUGCAUGGUAAAUAGUCUUUGGUCCAGAAACAUCACUAACAAGUGUGAAUGUAAUUAGAUGAGGCAGCAGAUGUGUUUUCUGUUAUAAGAUCUUAAUACAAAACCAGCCAGCCAAGCUUUAUAUGCCAAAAACUUUAUAACAACACACUAAAUGUCUCUGUUUAUAUUUUAUAUAUAUAUAUAUAAAUAUUUCUUAAUUGUUUCCGUUUUUAGAAAUAAAGAUUUGUGUUUCAUAUGUAACAUUA